AUGGCAGAACCAACAACCCCAACGAGAACGCCCAAUGGCUACCAGACACCCCAUACACCACGCGCUUCCACACCCAAAGUUUCCAGUUUAGCUCUGACUGAGUACACCGCUACCCCAUCACCGCCCUCGGAAAGUCUCAAAUUCAAAGACCAAUCCAUAAUACCUGAAGAGUUCCUGCUGCCAAAUGGCUACCCAGAUUACUUGCGACUCAUCCUCACAUCACGUGUCUACGAAGUCGUCCAAGAAACACCCUUAACACAUGCGCAGAACCUGAGCAAUCGCCUGGAAUGCAACGUCCUGUUGAAGAGGGAGGACCUCCAGCCGGUCUUCAGCUUCAAGCUACGAGGAGCGUACAACAAAAUGGCGCAUCUGGAUCCAAAGAGCCGGUGGAAAGGGGUGGUCGCGUGCUCCGCUGGAAACCAUGCACAAGGCGUAGCCUACUCAGCACGCAAACUGAAGAUUCCAGCCACCAUCGUCAUGCCCCAAGGCACCCCCGACAUCAAGCACAGAAACGUUUCGCGACUGGGUGGCAACGUAGUCCUCUACGGACCCGACUUCGACGCCGCGAAAGAGCACUGCUAUCACCUGGAGAAGACGCACAACCUAACCAACAUCCCACCCUUCGACGACCCGUACGUCAUCGCCGGCCAAGGAACCAUCGGCAUGGAGCUACUACGACAAACCAACCUUCAGGACCUCGAGGCCGUCUUCUGCUGCGUAGGCGGUGGCGGCCUCAUCGCAGGUGUAGGCGUCUACAUCAAGCGCAUCGCCCCCCUCGUGAAGAUCAUCGGCGUAGAAACCUACGACGCGAACGCCAUGGUGCAAUCCCUGGCCCAAAAACGCCGGGUGGUCCUGAAAGACGUCGGCCUCUUCGCCGACGGCGCAGCCGUCAAGACAGUCGGCGAAGAAACCUUCCGAUUAUGCUCCGAAGUCGUGGACGAAGUGAUCCAAGUCACGACGGACGAGACCUGCGCAGCCAUCAAAGACGUCUUCGAAGACACGCGCUCCAUCGUCGAACCAGCCGGCGCGCUCGCCCUCGCCGGCCUCAAGAAAUACGUCGCGGCUAACCCCUCCCCGAACCGCGCCCGCCAACUCGUCGCCAUCGCCUCCGGCGCAAACAUGAACUUCGACCGCCUGCGCUUCGUCGCCGAGCGCGCCGCGCUGGGCGAGAAGAAAGAAGCACUCCUCAGCGUCGUCAUUCCGGAGCGGCCUGGCGCUUUCGCCAAACUCGUCGACGCCGUCCAGCCCAUGUCCUGCACCGAGUUCAGCUACCGCUAUGCGGGGCCGGGAAGCGCGAAUAUCCUGCUUGGCGUUUCUGUCUCCGCCACCACGCGCGAGCGCGAUCUGGCUGACACGAUGGCGCGUCUCAAGGACGAGGGCAUGACCGCUGUGGAUCUCAGCGGCGACGAGCUCGCGAAGAGCCACGUGCGCUAUCUCGGCGGGGGCCGCAGCGGUGUGCCCGAUGAGAGGCUGUACAUGUUUGAGUUCCCCGAGCGGCAAGGGGCGCUUAUUAAAUUCCUCACGACGCUGCGGCCCGGGUUGAAUAUCAGUCUUUUUCAUUAUCGGAAUCAUGGCGGGGAUGUUGCGAAGAUUUUGGCGGGGAUACAGUGUCCGAAGGGUGAGGAGGGGAAGCUGAGGACUUUCUUGAGCGAGAUUAGGUAUCCGUAUGAGGAGGUGACGGAUAGUCCGGUAUAUAGGAUGUUUUUGAGGGAGUAG